UUCCAGGCAAUAGUUAUCUUGUUAAUUAGUUUGGAUCAAAUUUGUGGUAAAAACAGAUUCGUAUGGAACACAAUGAAAGAGUACACCCUACCAGCACAACGUCAUUUUUUCAACAGAUAGUGGCUGCUUCUUCCGGUGCUAUUAUAACCUCGUUAUUAAUGACACCAAUGGAUGUCGUAAAAAUACGUCUGCAACAACAAGCGCAUCCUUUCGUUAAAGGCACCUGCUUCCUGUACUCAAAUGGUUUAAUGGACCAUUUAUGUACAACUUGUGCUGAUGUAAAUUCUAAGGAGCCAUGUGAAUGGUUUGCAAGACCAGGGAAUUUUACAGGAACAACGGAUGCGCUGUUCAAAAUUACGAGAACGGAAGGAAUCCGUUCACUAUGGAGUGGGCUUUCUCCGACGCUAAUUAUGGCUGUACCGGCGACAGUACUUUAUUAUACAGUCUAUGAUAAUAUGUUGUGCUGGUUGAGAGAGAAAUAUAAUCAGAAAUCUUAUUGGAUUCCCUUGGUUGCUGGAUCAUCUGCUCGUCUGGUUGCUUUGACUAUCGUUUCGCCUCUGGAAUUGAUAAGAACAAAAAUGCAAAGUGAACGACUUACAUAUAAAGAUAUCGGGUUGGCUUUUCAGCGGUCCAAAGCAGCUGAAGGAUGGAUUAGUCUGUGGCGUGGUUGGAGUCCCAUGUUAAUGCGUGACAUGCCGUUUUCCGCUGUAUAUUGGUCAGGAUAUGAAUAUUUGAAAGCGAACGCUUUACAGAGAUUUAAUCAACGAGAAACAAAUUUUCUGAUUAGUUUUGUGUGUGGUGCGAUGGCUGGUUCGGUGGCAGCAUUUGUAACAACUCCAUUUGACGUCGUUAAAACUCAUCGUCAGAUUGCCUUAGGAAAGAUACAAAAUACAAAGCAGAUUAAGGAACACAGUAAUGGGAGUAUGAAAAUGAAAGAAAACUAUGGCUGUAAUACGAUCAUAACGGAAAGAUGUGACAUGGAGAUUCGAUCCAGACGCUCUUUUGGUGUUAUGAAAGAACUUUAUGAAAAGAAAGGAUUUAGAGCUCUGUUUGCUGGUGUGGUACCACGUGUAAUGAAAGUUUCGCUUGCUUGUGCUGUAAUGAUAGGCAGUUACGAGUAUUGCAAACUAUUCUUUAAGAAAGUAAACAGUUUGUAAUUAUGUAGGACGGUUUUCGCUAAUUCUUUCAAUUUUUUUUUUAUCACCAACAUUACUUAUACGCAAUUUGUACAAAAUAAUAGUUUUACUUUGUUCAGUAUCAAAUCAGUCAGUUUAAUCACUGAAUGGCGAGCUCAGGUACCAUGCUUGUUUCUCUUUGUUACUUUUUUUCG